GUUGAACACAGUGACCUCGAGAAAGAGCAGCGGACAUCCAUCGACAGAAAGGGUUUUCGAAGGUCAUUCCGGUCGAAUUAGAUGAAGUCACAGAUUUAAGCUAAAUGUGUAUCUAUGGAUGGCGAAAGUGUACGCAGUGGACGGAGUGAAAAAAGUGACCGUUCUCGUCGAUCAAAACGCAUCCAGAGAACAAAUAAUGUUCCACCAAAUCAGUCUAUGUGUAUGUUCCAGGAACAGGUAAAAGGUGUAACUGCUUCCUCACAAAACCAACAGCUGGUUGUUGAUCAGAAUAUGCAGCCUAUAGAUACAUCUAUCCGCCCAUCCUCUCAAAAUACUUUGAUGCCAGUUGUGCAACAGCCUCACAUGAACAUGUUUCCGCAACAGCCAAUAGGUUUACAACAAAACAAUCCUCAUCCGUAUACAUUAGAAACAUGGAUUCCUCCUUUAAUGCCGAUGAAUCCUAAUUUUUCCGCUUGUUCCCAGUCAAACAUGUAUGUUCCUAAUGCCCAAAGUUGGGGAGCCCAAGCUGUACCUCAAGUUUACACUCAGCAAAUGAUUCCUCAGUCAAUUCCCGCUUCUUUCCCCCGACCUCCGAAUUGUGCAGGAGUACAAUCAAGCCAAAUUCAGUCACAACAGCAACAACAAGUCAGUCACUUUAUACCUUCUGGGCAGCAGCAUCCUUUAGCUCAUACUGCUCCAUCUCAUGUUCCAUCUUCCCAGAUACCUUCCCAGCCAUCAUCUCAGAUUCCUGAACCAUAUCGAUCUGAACGUUUUGAUUCACAGCUCACCCAUCAAGAUGAAAGUGCUUGGGUCGAGGAAGCUACAGCUGUAACUGGAGCUACAAGUGAGACUGGAUUAAGUGGCGAUAACUUCUCCCGGUUUGGAGCACGAUAUGGUCUUGCAACUUCGCUAGGUAUUAAUUCCAAUGGAGGUGCAGGUUGUAAUAUUAGUGGAGCUGCAGCUGCACUAAUACGUUCUGAAGCGGAUGAGAUAAAGGUUUUCAAGUGUUCAAAUACACUAAGUUUUGCUAUUUCUGCAUUUCUUGGGAUUGCCUCAUUAGUGUCUCCAAUCCUAAUGCUUUUGCUUCCAUUUCUGCCCUUUUGGAUUGGAUGGUCAACUGAUACUUGCCAACCAACUUGUGAAGGAAAUCUCAUUAGUAUAUCCGUAAAACUUGUACUUCUUUCUAUUGCUUUAUGGUUUUUAAGCUCUCCUUGUCAACCAUUCUGUGGCAGUGGAACUGCUAUACUUCCUCGUAUCCGUCUUUGUCGUACUCUCUUCUUAUGUCUUGUACUAGUCGUACUUUUUGCUUUUUGGUUAUUUUAUACUGUACGAGUUAUACAACCAAAGGAAUCUGAUUACCUUUCCAUCGUAGUUUUCGCCAGCAGUUUGACUGAUACACUUUUGUUUUUGCAUUAUGCUGCUAUUGCUCUUAUGGAAUUACGAAAAAUACGGUUCCACUAUGUCAUACACAUUGUACGCUCUCCAGAUGGAAUGUCAAAAACUUUUAAGUGUGGCGAAAUGUCAUUGCAGCGGGCGGCUGUAGAAGUUCUGCAGUUCUAUAUGCUUGAAUUCACAGCAUAUAACCCGAAUCAAAAUCCAUCUGUGAGCAGUGGCGGUGGAGGCAAACGUAGUCGCCGUGGUGGCUCUGCUUCCGCUGGAAAUGGUGGGGGCUCGAAGUAUAAAUUUUACGACGUAGAUAGUGGAGGUGCAGGUCUGACUAAGUCGGAGAAUGGCGUUACAUAUACUGUUGAACAAUCUGCCGGUGCUAUUACUGCUCCUAGUGCUUCAGUUCGUCUGUACGAAGAAAUUGAAUUGGAGAAACGUAUACGUAAACGGCGUAUGAGAUUGCUAUUAGCAGUCGAGGAAGCUUUCACUCACGUAAAGCGGCUGGCUGCUGAAAACUGUAAUAACAGAGGGAGUGUUGCUGGAGUCAUGGAGUGUGAUCAGACUUUAGUACCUUUCAAAAACUCUCGAAGCAAUGGGCGUAUGUCAAAGCUCAGUUGUUCUACAGGAAAAUCUUUGGAUCCAUAUGAAGCUGCACAAGCUGUCUUUCCUACACUUAUCCGGCCGUUACAAAAGUAUAUGCGCGUUACACGUCAACAAGCUCGUCAUCCCGUGGAUAUGGUCAUUGACCAUUUGGCUCUUUGUUUAGCCUAUGGUCUGUCACCGCAUGCUUUCUUGGAACGAUUUAAUCCGUCAGCUGCUACACCGCAACAAGAUGCUGCUGCUGCAGCGACAGCCAUUGCAACAGCAAAAAGAGCUAAGCAUCAACAGAGUGCUAAACAAGUAAACAAUGUUCCAGAUAACUCGGACCCGUCUCCUUUACUACCGAAAUAUGUGCAUCCAGGUGGCCAACAGAUCUGGAGUAUUGUAGCUGAUCGAGCUUUAUCUCGUAGUUUAGCUGAUGGUGCCAUAUUUCAGCUGCGUCGUGGAAGUGAGCUGUCUUUACUGUGUACUGUAAGACGCUUACCGCUUAUUUAUCUCAUUGAAGAGAUAUUAGAGCCCUUAGAAGCAGGUAGAUUUGUUUUACGAACUGACAAUGCAGUAUAGUUUUAUGAUUAAAUAAAAAUACACUGUUCAGGGAAUGUGAUCUCAUCCAUCUAGACUGCUUUUUUUUUAAAAAAAUUACAGUUUUGGUUCCGAAGUUUUCUAUCUCGAGUUUUGUCGAAAUCAAUUUGAUUGAUUUGUAGAACACGUUGCUUAAUUUUGUUUUAUCCCCAUGACUGUUUCUGUAUUUGUUGUUAUUAUUGUUGCAUUUAUUAAAAAAAAUUAUUUACAAUUUAAAAAUUUAUUUUGUUUCUCGUCGAAGUGAAGUCUUUGACAAUUAUUCUUCUCAUUGUUUGUAUUUUAUUCUGAGUACUUUGUUUUGUUGUACUGCUUUUUUUCCCACUUAUUCUCUUCAAAGUGGAGAAAAAAUUUCCACAUGCAUUUUGUUUUUUUUGUUUUGAUUUCUCACCAACGAACACUAGUCACUGAAAUAAUAAUAGUAACUAUUAUGAUUGCCAUUAUGUAUUUGAUUUUACUUAUGUGUCAUUACUGCUGUUUAUAUUUAAUAUCAUGUUAUGUGUGUGUGUGGUGUGUUUAUUCUCACUUUUCCCUUCAUUAUUCUUUGCUUAAAGCAGCCAUUUUUCAUAUUUUCCAAAACUCACUUUGUAUGAAAGUUUUUUUUCUCUAGCUUUAUUGUGCAUAUUAUUCUCAUGUACACCGGUCUAUCCUCCGGUUCAAUUGAUUGCUUUUAGCACCGGUUAUAUAUCAAUGAUUUUUUUCCUCAGUGAAUUAAUUCACUUUCAUCUUUUUACUCAUUGACUUUUAGUAGAAAGCAGUUUGGUCUGUAUGUUUGGGAAGGAUGAGAUACCUUUAAGACUCCUAAUCGUGGUAAAAUAUUUCUUUAUUAGACUUCAAAUUUCAUCAUAUGUCUGAAUUCAGUAGUACUACUACAUAGAUAUUUGCGUGUGGAGCUAUGGCUUAUUGAUUUAAGCUGUCGACUUCCAGCCAAUAGGUGACAGGUUCGAAUCCUGCUCUAUCUUCUGUUGAGUGACAUUUCAUUUUCUU